UCUGACAAAAAUGAAUCCGAAUCUGGAACUUACAAUAAUGGCAAUGUCGCUUUAAACAAUGGAGUCAGUGCUUCUAGCACCGCACCCAUAUCCCAGCCUUCCUCUGAUCACGUAUCUUCACAGUGGGAAACUCGCAUUUCUCGUUCUCGUAAAAUGGUUUACUAUUAUAAUCGUGCGACUAAAGAAAGUACAUGGGAUCUUCCUGAGGGUGUUGAUCCUAGUACUAUUAAAGGAUAUGGAGAGCACACAGUGGAACAAGCACAGGCGGUUGAUCCGACGGAAGGCGGUGCUGGGCAAAUCAGAGCUAGUCAUCUAUUAGUCAAGCAUGCGGGUAGCAGGCGUCCCUCUUCUUGGAAGGAUCCAACAAUAACACGCACUAAAGAGGAAGCUCUUGAACUGAUCAAAUCCUAUCGUUCACUAAUCACUUCUGGUGGAAAUGAUUUCGGAGAACUUGCUAGUACAGAAUCUGACUGUUCAAGUGCUAAGCGCAACGGUGAUCUAGGAUUCUUUGGUCGAGGACAAAUGCAGCCAUCCUUUGAAGAGGCAGCAUUUAAACUUGAAGUUGGAGAGCUAAGUGAGCCGGUUUGGAGUGAUAGCGGG